AAAAAUUCUACAUUAGGUUCUCAUUGUGUUGAAAAAAUAACUACGAAAGAACAAUUUAAAUUUCUUUAAAGAUUGGUUUUGGCAUAUCUGAUAAUAUACUCUUAGGCUUAAUAGUGAGGUAAAUAUGUUUAACCACCAACUCGACAACACUUGGAAAUGUACCUCGUCUGUUGCUAAGGCGUUCUUAAUAAAAUAUAUUUUACAAUGGCUUGUAAACUUCCAAUGAUUCCGGGAUUUCAAAUCUGUAACAAAAACAUGAAAUCCAGACAUGCGAAAACGCCAGAUUUAGACAUCAUGAACGGGGUGAAUAUAGUUAGGUCUCUGCACGUAAAACACAACAAAGGCAAAACCAAUAAUUAUAAAGCAAAGUAUAACUUCGACAUGGACUUGGAAAGACAAUCAACCAUGCCUACUUGGUUGGUGUAUGAUAAACAGGCUUUGACAUUUGACGCUUACUUUGAAGACAAUACGCCGAACGAUAAUUACGCCGACAGUUAUAAUAUAAGAAAGUGCAAAAUAAUUUAUUUUCUCGAAGACGAUACAAUAAAAGUUAUCGAGCCUGUUGUAGUCAACAGCGGAAUACCCCAAGGGUGUUUGAUCAAGAGACACGCUAUUCCGGUGCCCAACAGCGACGGCGAAUGCUAUCAAAUUUAUGAUCUGAAUGUGGGAACUACUGUUGAGUUUUACGGUAAAAACUUUACCAUAACAGGAGCUGAUAGUUUUACUAGAGAAUUUUUAAAGAACUCUGGCAUGGACGUACCGGAUAACUUGCCCAUGCCUGAUGACUCAUCGAGUGUUACUAGGACGGAAACCAAACAUGAACAACAAGAUCUGUUGAGAAAUGCAAUAGAAUUUGAUGGCAUUUUGAACUUUAAAGGUUAUUGGGACGAUCGUCAUAACGUCGACGGAAUUUUGCACUAUUUUGAAAUUCAAUAUUUUUUAAUUGACGAUACAAUGAAAAUUGUCGAACGUGAUCCGAAUAAUAAGCUCAAGACGUUUUUGAAAAGACAAAAAAUCCCCAAAAAUAACGAAUACAUUAAACCGCCAGGCUCGUGUGAACCAUACGAUUUGCUCAAUGUCUUAGGAGCAAACCCAUUGAAUCGGUGGUUUGCAUUUGAUCCACUAUCGAAUUUAAGGGGUGCAAAUAACACGCAUUACAAGUCGAAUGAUUUAUAUAUUGGAGCGGAAAUCAACGUAUAUGGUCGUACGAUAGUUUUAAAUUACUGCGACGAGUUUACAAGACAGUUCUACAUAGACAACGGCAUAAGCCAUUUUUCGCCCGUUUGCACUCCGAGAGAAACGGAAGAGGUCGAAAAUGCGACAACGAAAAAGCUAUCGGUCCAACGUGAUGACAAUAGGAUUUUAAGUAAGCUCCAGAAUGACGGCAAUAAUAGUAUUGAAUCUUUGGUGUUCAAAGCUAAAAUGUUAUCCAACGAACCGGACGAUGAAAUCAGAGACUUUGUCGUUAAGUGUCAGUUGAACGAUCAGAGCUUUACUGUUUUCGAAGUGAAAGGCAAAAGAGCCGGCAAACAAUUUCUUUCCAAACGGAAUAUCCAAAGCGAAGGCACUGAAAGUAUAGCGUUUAAUUUGUACGCCGGUGUUGAAUUGACAAUAGACAGCUUCCAGUUCGUUCUUACCGAUGUCGACGACAGAACGUUAAGAUUUAUGAUGAAUCAUCCAGUAGAGUUUCCCCACAGCGACGUCCAGUCUCUAAUGAAUCAAGUGAUCGGAAUAGGUCAAACGGCCAUCGACAGUAUGUAUUCGGUCGAUUUCAAGGGCAAAGAUGUAAUGGACCGAGAUGAGUUUAUUCAAAUACUGAGCGACACCGUGAAACAAUUGAGCUUUCACGGUGUAUUGGUGUUGGCUUUGAGGUAUAAAAAACCGCAAGACAAACGACGAGACGUGUCCGACGACAGGUUUAGGAGCAUUUUGCAGGACGAGUUGAGGAGAGAACUGUUUGCCUCUUUUGAUGGCCUCGAAAUCAACUUAAAGCAAAGAAACCGAGACAACAGAGACGGUUAUCUCGACCGCGAAAGCGUCUUGAGAGCACUAAAAAGUAGCAAGAUACCGUUUUCCGUCGAAAUUACCGAUACUCUUUUGGAUAAAUUUACCAAUAGAAGCACCAAAAAAGUUUGCUACGUUGAUUUGUUGAAAUACUUGGAUUACAAUUCCGAAUCGGCCGCGAGCUCACAAGAUUCGAUCAAGGACUUGCUCUUCAGGAAACCUGAGCGGGUGUUGGUGAGAACUCGGGAGUUUAUCGACGACUUGAGGAGACAAUUUUACCGAUAAUACAACGGAAUACAGUCUACAACUGAUAACGACUGUUAAAGAUAAUAAUAAUUACACAACAAUAAUUUUACGUCGCUUUUCCCCCCACGCCACCUAUUGGUUGCCAACGUGCGGCCGGAACUCAAGU